AUGAAGAACUACACAGUUGUGACUGAGUUCAUCCUGCUGGGAAUCCCUGAGACAGAGGGGCUGGAGACAAUGCUCUUUGUUCUCUUUUUAUCCCUGUACCUAUGCACACUGUCAGGGAACGUGCUCAUCCUCACAGCCAUCAUUUCUUCCUCUCGUCUUCAUACCCCUAUGUAUUUCUUCUUGGGAAAUCUGUCUAUAUUUGACAUUUGUUACUCCUCCGUUACCUCACCCAAAAUGUUGUUCUAUCUUUCUGGUCAGACGUCAGCCAUCUCUUUCCAGGGAUGUGCAGCCCAAUUGUUCUUCUACCAUUUCCUUGGCUCCACCGAGUGCUUCCUAUACACCGUAAUGGCAUAUGAUCGCUUUCUUGCCAUCUGUCACCCCCUACAUUACACAAUUAUUAUGAAUCAUAGGGUGUGCUCUAUCCUAGCAACAAGCACCUGGAUGUGUGGGUGUGUUCAUUCUACUAUCCUGACCUCCCUUACUUUCCAGUUACCUUAUUGUGACCCUAACCAAGUAGGUUACUAUUUCUGUGACAUUCCUGCUGUUUUAGCUCUGGCCUGUGCAGAUACAUCUUUAGCCCAGUGA